AGGGCAGAGUCACCCACUGUCCCAUGCACUGCCGGAGAUGUUUGCCCCAAGCAGAAACAACUGGAAGAAGCUGAAACGACUGGAACCGAAGAUGCAGGUGGAUGCUCUGCUAGGUACGAGGAGCAGCCGCCUCCUUAAGAGGAUCUUCCACAUGGACCGGACUUGGAACUCUUUAAGACCUCCCCUCAGGGCCUUUGACCGUCAUCAAGGAGCCUAUCAGGGGGGACCAUCUCAAGCUACCUCCACCCGACCAAGCCAGAUGGCACUCAAAAACGUGGCCACUUCUGAAGCCAUUGAGAAACACAAGAAGUAUCUGGCUGAUUGGUUUCGCCAGCAGCCCAAUGAGGAGAGGCAGUUCGGGCCGUCCUUUUCACUGGACACCACCCACGUGGACCCCGUCAUCCGAGAGAGCUCUCUGGAGGAGAUCCUGAAGCCCUCUCCUGAGAUGACCAUCCAUAACCAGCUCCAGGCACCCACAGCACACCAACAUCCCUUCCGCCAAGUGAAGAGCGAUGAUUCUAUAUGCGGCCCGCAGGUGGGCACUGGGAAGAGCACCCUCAUCAAGAAGAUGGUGAUGGACUGGUGCCACGGGCGCCUGCCCCGCUUUGAGCUGCUCGUCCCCUUCUCCUGCGAGGACCUGUCCCAGAACAACGCACCUAUCUCUUUGCGUCGUUUGAUCACCAAGAAGUACCUGCAUCUCCGGGAGGUGGUGCCCAUGCUGGGCUCUGCCAACCUCAAGGUGCUUUUUGUCCUCAACGGCCUGGACCGCCUCAACUUGGACUUCCGCCUGGCCCAGACGGAACUCUGCUGCGAUCCCAAUGAGCCGGUCCUCCCUUCAGCCAUUGUGGUCAACCUGCUGAGGAAGUACAUGAUGCCAGAGGCGAGCAUCAUUGUCACCACCCGCCCCUCUGCCGUGCGUUGGGUCCCCAGCAAGUUCGUGGGCCGCUACGUUGAGGUCUGUGGUUUCUCCAACAUCAGCAGCCAGAAGCUGUACUUCCAGAUGCGGCUGAGCCAACCUGACUGCAGCGGCGUUUCGGGUCCCGCCACAGCCGAAGAGUCGAGAGAGCGGGACAACCUGGUGGAGAUGCUCUCAAGGAACUUGGAGCGGCACAACCAGAUUGCGAUCGCUUGCUUCCUGCCUUCCUACUGCUGGCUGGUCUGCACCACCCUGCACUUCCUUUAUUUUACCAAGUCUGUGCCCCCUACCCAAACCCUUACAGGCAUUUACACCAGCUUCUUGCGGCUCAACUUCAGCGGGGAGGUGCUGGACAGCACCGAUCCCUCCAACAUCUCUAUGAUGAAGUAUGCGGCCAAAACGGUGGGCAAACUGGCCUACGAAGGGGUGAUGUCCCGACAGACUUCCUUCUCCGAGGAGGACCUUCGCCGCUGCUUGGAGGUAGAGACGAAGGUGGAGAGCGAACUCAACCUGCUGAAUGUCUUCCGUAGUGACGUCUUCCGCUUCUUCCUCACUCCCUGUGUACAGCCAGGCAAGGAACACACGUUUGUCUUCACCAUUCCUGCCAUGCAGGAGUACCUGGCAGCCCUUUAUGUAGUCCUAGGGGAGAAGAAGACCCUGACGCAGCGCGUGGGCAAGGAGGUCUCUGAGGUCAUUGGCAAGGUGAGCGAAGACGUGGCUGUGGUCCUCAGCAUUGUCUCCAAGGUCCUCCCCUUGCGCAUCUUGCCGCUCCUCUUCAACCUCAUCAAGAUGUUCCCCCGCUACUUCAUGCGCUUCAGUAGCAAGGACCGCGACACCAUCGCUCGCACCAUGGCAGUGGAGAUGUUUAAGGAAGAGGACUACUUCAAUGAUGACGUGCUGGAUCAGAUCAACUUCAGCAUCCUUGGGGUGGAGGGCCCCAUGCGCCACCCAGAUGAGGCCUCUGACGACGAGGUCUUCGAACUCUUCCCCAUCUUUAUGGGUGGGUUGCUGUCGCGACGCAACCGGGUCAUCUUGGACCAGCUGGGUUGCCCAAUCAAGAACCUGGCGGCUUUUGAGAUUGCCAAGGCCAUGAAGAAGACGGUCAUCCGCAACAGUCGUAAAGGCCUGCCCCCAUCUGAGCUCAUGGACUACCUCUUCUUCCUGCAUGAGUUCCAGAACGAGCGCUUCACGGCUGAGGCCAUCAAGUCAUUGAGGACCAUCAACCUCUCCUCGGUCAAGAUGACCCCGCUCAAAUGCUCAGUCCUGGCUUCUGUGAUGGGCACCACGAGCCACGAGGUGGAAGAACUGAACCUGGCGUCUUGCCACCUUGACGUCAGUAGUCUGAAGACUCUUUUCCCGGUCUUCCUACGGUGCAGAAAGCUCCACUUGCAGCUCAAUAGUUUGGGGCCAGAUGCCUGCAAGGAGAUCCGAGACCUGCUCUUGCAUGAGAAAUGUAUGGUGAGCACCUUAAGACUUGCAGACAACCCGGUGACUGAAGAAGGCGCCCGCUACCUCGCAGAAGCCAUAGCGGGCAACAGGUCCCUUAGCCAGCUGUCGCUGCUGCACACCUCGCUGGGGAAUCAGGGCGUGGAGGUGAUCACGCAGCACCUGGCCCAGAACAAGCACCUGCGGGAACUGGACGUGGCCUACAACUCUGUGACUGACGAGGCCGCGCUGGCCCUGGUGGAAGAGGCCAAGAGGCAUGCGACGCUGGAAAAAGUACAUUUGUACUUCAAUGAGAUCAGCGAGGAAGGUAAGCAGGCCCUGCACGGGCUGCGCAAAGACCGCGACGGCGUCAAGGUGCUCGUCUUCCUGACCAUGGGGGCUGACGUGUCUGACUACUGGGCCAUCAUCCUGAACGUGGUCCAGAAGAACUUGCCCAUUUGGGACCGUGAACGGGUGCAGGGGCACCUUGGCCUGCUCCUGAAAGACCUAGAGAGCAGCCGCCGUCAAACCAUGAACCCUUGGAAGAAGGCCAAGUUCAUGCGGGUGGAGAACGAGGUCAAGAGAAUGUUGGGCAAGAUUCAGCAGGGGGCUCUUUAAGGCUGUGGGGGCCACUUGUCCCCUUGUAGAGACCCAGGUUUGCAGCUACCAUCAACCAAGACUUCCAUCUCUCUGAAAUCGGGCUGUGUAACUCAGGAAGGCUUGCAGCUUACCCAUUCCUCUGGCAGUGGCUGUUCCAAGGUAGCAACCAACUGCUAGUUACAGCCCCCUGCACCAGACAAUGCCCACUAUCCUGAAACCAAUGUCAGUGGUCAUAUUAGAGAAUGGUGAUCAGAAGACCCACAGGUUCCCUACCCUGGUGUAUCCCAAUUCCAGACAGGGAGAGGCAAUUUGGGAGCAGGAGAAUAAGCUGCAAGGUGCAGACAAAGGUAACUAUUGAAAACCAAAGCCCUUGUAGACUUUCUCCUGAUCCCUGUGCUUCGCUUCCAGCUGCCUCUGCCAAGGAUCAGGAAUUGAAAUGUCCUGUGCCUCACCUCUUGUCCUGUGCCUCCCCCUGUCCUUCAAGCAAGCUUCCUGAAGCACUGUCUCCUCCUCCUCUCCCUGAGGAUGCUUGAGGACACAGGCACCAGCCUCUCCAAACUGGCUUUCCUGGAGCACAUGGGGGGCAUUCCUGCCAUGUAAACAGUUGUUGACCUACAUACAGACACAAGCUCUGGGGAUAGAGUUCCCACCUCCAGGAAAUUCCUAGAGGUUUGGUGGAAGAGCCUGAUGAGGGCAGGAUUUGGGAAGAGAAGGAACAUCAGCCACAUAUGAUGCCUUAAAGUCCACCCUCUGAAGUUGCCAUUUCCACCAGGGGGACUGAUCUUGGUAACCUGUUGGAAUUCUAGGAGGUCUCUAGGCCCCACCUGGAGGUUGGCACCCUUCAGCCUGCUCUCUUCAUGUGCUCCCUUUGCGUCUCCAGUGAGCAGACAUAUCACCAACUUGACCUGGAACCAACAAUCCCUUGAAGCAUGGUAGGGAACUGCGCUGAACUGAGCCGCCUGCAAGAGCUCCCCCUGCUGGGCGGCUGCCCAAUCUGCACACCAACCAUAUGAUGUGUGUGGCUGCUCAGUUGCACAGCUUGCAAGGAACGGCAUCUGGAGUGAACCCAUUGCACUGCAUAGAGUCUGGUGAGAGAUCUGGCUUAGGGUCACACGGAGCAAGGAGAUAAAUAGGACCAUUUAAAAGGGAAAAAGGGCUAUCCCGUGAGGCUGAGAUGGGAUCCAUCCUGCGGUUCUGUAGCCCAGGCUCAGCAAACUGGCUCUCUUCCUCUUCCCCCAUUCCAGACACAAAUACCUCACAGAGUUGGCCUUAUUCUUCCAAUGCGCUUCCCUCACUAGGCGGCCGUGAUGCCUCUUGCAGCCAUGUCUGAAGCCAAGGGACAAAACAGUUUCUCUACAUUGCUAAGGCCGUCGUGUUGGGUUUGGUGCUCUGCUGUUUUAACCUAAUUGGAAGGAAUUAGCUGGAGACAAGGAGUGAGAAGGGAUAACAGAGGUGAAGAACCUAUGUAUACCAGGACACUCCUGGGUGAUUGUGCAAUUGAAAUUGGUUUUAUUAAAGAAUAAAAACAA